ACCUUCUAUGACAGCAGCUCAAACUACAACUAUCGCUCCAACAACAAAAACUGUUCCGCCAACAACAGCUGUUCAUCCCACAGCAAGUACUCCAGCAACAACAGAAGCUCCAACUGCAAGCAUUCAUCCCACAAUGGCAACUGAAGCUCAGACAACUUCAACAAAACCAAGCACCACUAUAGUUGCUCAAACAACAACAUCACCUACUGCAACGGUGGCAAAAACUACUACUAUCGCUCCAACAACAAAAACUGUUACACCUGCAACAGCUGUUCAUCCCACAGCAAGUACUCCAGCAACAACAGAAGCUCCAACUGCAAGCAUUCAUCCCACAAUGGCAACUAAAGCUCAGACAACUUCAACAAAACCAAGCACCACUAUAGUUGCUCAAACAACAACAUCACCUACUGCAACGGUGGCAAAAACUACUACUAUCGCUCCAACAAUAAAAACAGUUCCACCUACAACAGCAGUUCAAUACACAUCAGGUUCUCAAGCUACAACAGAAGCCCGAACUAUAAGCAAUCUUCCCUCACCAACAGCUGAAGCUCAAACCACUACAAAUAAACCUACCACCACCACAGUUGCUCAAACAACAAUAGCACCAACAACAACGGCAGCUGGAACUACAGCUAUCGCUCCAACAACAAAAACUGUUCCACCUACAACAGCAGUUCAUAACACAUCAAGUGGACCAGCUACAAAUCAAGCUGCCACCAUAACCAAACUUCCCACACCGACAGCUGAAGCUCAAAUGACAGCAACAAAACCUACCACCACUAUAAUUGCUCAAACAACAAUAACACCAACUGCAAUGGUAGCUGGAACCAGAACUAUUGCUCCAUCAACAAAAACAGUUCCACCUACAACAGCAGUUCAUACCACAUCAAGAACUCAGGCUGCAACAGAAGGUCCAACCACAAGCAUUCUUCCCACAAAGACAGCUAAAGCUCAAUCAACUACAACAAAACCAACCACCAUCAUAAUUGCUCAAACAACAAUACUACCAACUGCAACGGUGACUGGAACCACAACUAUCGCUCCUGCAACAAAAUCUGUUACACCUACAACAGCAGUUCAUAACACAUCAAGUGGACCAGCUACAAAUCAAGCUGCCACCAUAACCAAACUUCCCACACCGACAGCUGAAGCUCAAAUGACAGCAACAAAACCUACCACCACUAUAAUUGCUCAAACAACAAUAACACCAACUGCAAUGGUAGCUGGAACCAGAACUAUUGCUCCAUCAACAAAAACAGUUCCACCUACAACAGCAGUUCAUACCACAUCAAGAACUCAGGCUGCAACAGAAGGUCCAACCACAAGCAUUCUUCCCACAAAGACAGCUAAAGCUCAAUCAACUACAACAAAACCAACCACCAUCAUAAUUGCUCAAACAACAAUACUACCAACUGCAACGGUGACUGGAACCACAACUAUCGCUCCUGCAACAAAAUCUGUUACACCUAUGACAGCUGUACAUACCACAUCAAGUACUCCACCUACAACAGAAGUUCCAACUGCCAGUAUUCUUCCCACAACGACAACUGAAGCUAAAACAACUACAAGAAAUCCAACCACCAUGAUAGUUGCUCAAACAACAAUACCACCUACUACAACGGCGGCAAAAACUACAACUAACGCUCCAACCACAAAAACUGUCGCAACUACAACUGCAGUUCAUACCACAUCAAGUACUCCAGUUACAACUGAAGGUGCAACCACAACAAAUACUCCCCCACCUACAACAGAAGCUCCAUUAACUACUACUAAACCUACCACCACCAUUGUUGCUCCAACAUCAAUACCACCUACUACAACUGCGGCUGGAACUACAGCUAUUGCUCAAACAACAAAAGCUUUUCAAAUUACAACUGUAGUUCCAACAGUUGCUCAUACUACAACUAUAGCAACAGCCACAGCAUCUGCUCCAUCUACAACUAUGGUUCCAACUACAUCAAGUGCUUCAACUACAAAUGAAGUGGCAACCACCGCAAAUAUUACAACUACAAGAGAAACUCCAAAACCAACAGUCACUGCUGCAACAAAUUCUUUAGCAUCUUCAACAACUUUACCUGUUACAUCAACACAUCAACCAGCCACUUCAAGUGUUCCUGACAUUCCAGUAGCACCAACGUUCCCGGGAACGACGACAAGUACAGCAGCUCGAACCACCUCGAGUCCACGUAGAAUCAUUGGCAAGGUUUUCAUCUUCAUUCGACUUGUGUUCCACACCAUCAAGCCUGUCCCCAGUGAGAAGGAGAUUCUCACUAUGGCCCAAACUCUCUUUGAUGUUCGUUUAAGGCAGUUGAAUAAUCCAGUGCGCGUGCGGCGCCAAAUAAGGAAGAUGAAUGAUCCAGUGAGAGUGCAGAAUAUUGCUUAUAAGAAACUAUCUGAACAUUCCUUUGAAAUGACACUGGGCUACGAGAUAAAAGACGUGAGCAUGCCAGAAUAUACCGGACUCAGGAAUGAGACAUACGGGAACGUCCAGGACUCCAUCAACAAACUGUUGAACCUAAUGCUGAACCAACCUGGUGCAAAUCCUUUCAUCUUUCCACAAGCAAAUUAUACGAACAUGCCUAACCAGAUUAAUGCUAAUGUGGAGUACGUCUUUCGGCAAGGUGACAUCAAUCAGCCAAGCCCGUUCUUGACUGCAGUCCUGAAUGCUAGUGGUCUGGCCACCACCGCAGCCCCCACCACCACAAGCAGCCCUGUCCUCCUGCUGAUCACAAGUACUGCAGGCAGGUUCCCUGGAUGGGCCCUGGCCAUCAUAAUCCCCUGCGGUAUCGUCAUCAUCCUCCUCCCCUUCUGGAUCCUCUUGUGUUGCCUCCUGUGUGGUUGCUGUGCCGCCAUUAAGAGAUGGCAUAGGAGGCGGGUCUACCACAUACAACAGUACAGGACUCAUCCCCUCUGAGAGGGUGGAGCUUGGACGUUCGGCUGGAAUCUGAAAAACAAGAGAGAAAGAUUUUUGUGCUGAUGAGUAGUUUUAAUACUUUUUUGCAUUUACAAGCGGCUGAGAAAUAUUUUUAAAUGAUUCUUGCAAAAAAAAGAAAAAAAAAAAAGAACAUAUUACAGCCUGUGCUGAAAUUAGCUUGCUUUCCCUAUUGGCUAAACACCAGGUUUUCAGUGGUAGGCAUUAACUGGGUAUUAGUUACAUAACAAAAAGAAAUGAGGAUUGUUUUACAUAUGGUGUGUCUUAUGGAUAGGAAUGUUAAUUAGUGCUACCCCA